AUGGUGAUCUGCCCUGUGCUGCUGAGCAAGAGCCUGCUCGACCCACCAGCUAGUGAGGCAGACAGGCCUGCGGAAACAGACCCAGCUCCCUGGGAGUGCGUGGAGAUGGAGGAUGUGCAGAUUUCCUCCAGGGGGCCAUCCCAGAUUUGCAUGAUGGAGUUAGACAGUGAUGAGGAGACAGCUGGAGUGCUAGAUUGGCUGCCCAAAGAGAAGGCAGAUCAGUUCUCCAUCAUGGCCGUCAAACUGUUCAAAAGGCUCAUCCCAUAUCACUGUUUGAAUUACGUAUAUUCCCAACCUGACCAGAAGGAGUGUCUGGAGCGCCUGGCACCCACUCUGCUUCCCAUCCUGGAGCAUUGUGAGCAGGUCUCCAGUUGUCUGAUCACCACGUGCCUCGGGGAGCACAGCACAGAGGCAGCAGAGAGGGCCCAGGUGUUGGAGCACUGGAUAGACGUAGCUUUGGUAUGCGCAGGAGGCGGCCCCGUACCCUUCUGCCCUUUCCCACACUCACCAGGUGCUGCCUGCCCACUCACAGCCACUGCCUGA